AUGAGUUUCGGUGAUUUAGAGCAGCUCGGUCUCUUCUGUAGAGUGACAGCCCACACUUACGUCGGGGUGAGAGUGAACGUGGUGAGCAUUUUGGGAAUCACCGGCAGCGUCCUCGCCAAAGAAGAUGGUGCACUUGAAACUCUCAAGACCAUCGGUUGCUUCCUGCUGGAGGUGGCCACCAAGGACCCGUCGCUGGUGGUGGUGGGAGAGGCCCUGGACGCCCUCUUCGAUGUGUUCGCUGACGGCAGCGAAGCUGAGAGGGCCUCGGUGCAGAUCCGGUUGUUAUCUGCCCUGAAGGAAUUCCAGCCAGUCUUCAAGAUGAAGGUCCGAAAAGAAGGGAAAGGAAAAUACAGUCCAGAUCAGCUGUGCGUUCUCAACAACGUGAAGACGAACUUGAGGAGGUUCGUCGCUUAUCAAGAGACUGUUGAGAAAAGACUGGCUGCUUGACCUGUUGAAAGAGAGCAGUUCUCGUCCCAAAGUGUUCAACUCUACAGGUUCCCUGGUGCGUGUGCAUUUCCGUUAUUCGGUGUCUGUAUCUGUGUGUAAGUUCUCAGAACUUCGAAGCCUGCCAGAAACCCUUCCUUCCUGAGCUCUGGGAUUGGGGUGGCGUUUCCCGUGCUCUCUCCGCCUCAGUCACCGGACACGGGACGCGGGAAGGCUGGGAGCUGGGAGGAGCCUCGUGGUGCUCUGUGAGCAGCGCAGAAACUUGACUUGAUGUGGAUGCUCUUUUAAGUCAGUAUCCUUUUAUACUAGCUGAAUUUUUAACAAUUUGAAGACAAGCUUUAUGAAAGAUUUUUGGUAUGAAGUAUAUCAAUUAUGUUUACCUUUUGUGAAGUGAAUGAAUUGAAUUUGUAUUCCACUAUUUAGUCGAAUGUACGAAAGAGCUAAUGAGGUCAUUAUCACCCUCUAUAUAAACAGAUCAGAUCAAUUAUUGCUUUGUAAUCUUGUUUAAUUUGAUAUGUCAUCAGAAUUGGAGGAAAAUAUUUUUAAUAAAUAACUUUUUAAUCAAAA